CUCUCCCUCUCCCUUCUCAGGGAGGAACUGCCGCGCUCCGGCUGACUCCUCCGCCGGCGGGCGGGGCGGGGGAGGGGGCUCGGCGCGCUGGGAACUGCCGGACCCAGACCUGGGCGCCGCCCGCCGCGUGGGACGCGCGUCCCCCACCAAGCUCCAGACAAAACCCAAAUUGAGAGCUAGGUUGCGGGCUGCAGGCAAGAAGGCUUCGCACCACCCCUGGGACCCCCGCUGCUCCUGGGACAGCCAGCCGGUGGGCGCGAUGAGCCAGGUGCUGGGGAAGCCGCAGCCGGAAGACGAGGACGACGACGAGGAGGAGGAAGAUGAGCUAGUGGGGCUAGCGAACUACGGGGACGGGCCCGACUCCUCGGACGCCGACCCGGACAGCGGGGCGGAGGAGGGAGUUCUGGACUUCAGCGAUCCCUUCAGCACUGAGGUGAAGCCGAGAAUCCUGCUCAUGGGCCUGAGGAGAAGUGGCAAGUCAUCCAUUCAGAAAGUUGUCUUUCACAAAAUGUCUCCCAACGAAACCCUGUUCUUGGAGAGCACUAACAAGAUAUGCCGGGAAGAUGUUUCCAACAGCUCCUUUGUUAAUUUUCAAAUUUGGGACUUCCCAGGGCAGAUUGACUUUUUUGACCCUACAUUUGACUACGAGAUGAUCUUUCGUGGAACAGGAGCACUGAUAUUUGUCAUUGACUCCCAGGACGAUUACAUGGAAGCCCUGGCCAGGCUUCACCUGACUGUGACCAGGGCUCACAAAGUCAACACUGACAUCAACUUUGAAGUGUUUAUUCAUAAAGUGGAUGGCCUGUCAGAUGACCACAAAAUUGAAACCCAAAGAGACAUUCACCAGAGGGCAAAUGAUGACCUUGCAGAUGCUGGAUUAGAAAAAAUUCACCUCAGCUUUUAUUUGACAAGCAUCUAUGAUCAUUCAAUAUUUGAAGCUUUUAGCAAAGUGGUCCAGAAACUGAUUCCACAACUCCCAACCCUGGAGAACUUGCUAAACAUCUUUAUCUCAAAUUCUGGGAUUGAGAAGGCAUUUCUGUUCGAUGUGGUCAGUAAGAUCUAUAUUGCAACGGACAGCACCCCAGUGGAUAUGCAGACGUAUGAACUGUGCUGUGACAUGAUCGAUGUGGUCAUCGACAUCUCUUGUAUUUAUGGUCUCAAAGAAGACGGAGCUGGAACCCCGUAUGACAAGGAAUCAACAGCCAUUAUAAAGCUGAACAAUACAACAGUUCUUUAUUUAAAAGAGGUGACAAAGUUCCUGGCUCUUGUUUGCUUCGUCAGAGAGGAGAGCUUUGAAAGAAAAGGGCUUAUUGAUUAUAAUUUUCAUUGCUUCCGGAAGGCCAUCCAUGAAGUUUUUGAGGUGAGAAUGAAAGUGGUGAAAUCUGGAAAAGUUCGGAAGAAGAAAGGGAGCACCCCUAACGGGACCCCAAGAGUGCUACUGUAGGUGUGGUGUCUGGAGCAUCUGUUGAAGUCAGACCUCUGCAAGGCUGCUGCACUGGGCUGCACUAAGGAAGGGGAAGAAGGAGACUGGCACACAUGCCAUGGAUUUGUUGUUAAGAAAAAAAAAGAAUUCCUGCAACCCACUUGAUCUCUUUUUUAAAUAAAGUAAGCACUUUGAAGCAAAACCUUGUAUAUUAA